GAUUACUCAUUUGUGAUUUAGCAGCCUGGCCGCGGUUAUUACUGGGUGCUGUGCUUUCUGAUUAACCCAAGAAAACUACGAAAGAUUUAGAAUCUCAGUGUUUUAUUACACCAGGACAAGAGACAACUGCAAUGAAACGCAGCUGCAUUUUCAAGAAGGCGGCGGCUGCAUUCGUGUUUUGGAUGUUUAUUGUGUGAAUGAUCCUCACUUAAAAAGGCACAGCUUGCUUGCUGUGUGUGCCUGUGGAGCAGAUUACUAGAGGGGCAAUACUAGGGGUACGGUAGUUAACAAAACAUCUCAGAAGUGAUGCCGAUUGUGAACCUGAUCUGCAAAAGUCUUACUGGUGUGACUACAAAGGGAAAAUGGUGGCCAAAGUGAAAACCCUGGGCAUUGUGUUUGACGAUGAACAGAGAAGUGGGUACUGCAGCGGAGAUGUGGUUUCGGGGCAGGUUUUAGUGGAGCUCUCAGAGGACAUGCGCGUCACAGCUGUGAGGCUGGUGGCAAGAGGCUGUGCCCGGGUCAACUGGAGCGAAGGACCUGGCACAGCCAAGGCACCAAGCAGCGCUGCCAUGGCAACAUCAUCACCAUCAUCGUCAUCAUCAUCAUCAUUACGCAGUUUCCGGGAGGAAGUGGAGUAUGUGCAUUCCGCCCAGACCCUUAAAGAAGCACCAGGUGAUAACAGCAAAGAGAACUUUAUCACUUUACGUGCAGGCAAACAUGAAUUCCCCUUCAGCUUUCAGCUCCCACAGGGGCCUUUGGUUACCUCUUUCUCUGGGAAGUACGGCUGCAUUCAGUACUGGGUAAACGCAACUUUGGAGAGGCCUUCUGCCCCAGACCAAAGUGUGAGCAGGGAGUUUCCUGUCAUCAGCCAUAUGGACGUCAACACCCCCACCCUUCUGUCUCCUGUCUCCACGAACAAGGAGAAGAUGGUUGGCUGUUGGUUUUUCACCUCGGGUCCAAUUGCGCUGAGUGCCAGAAUCGAACGGAAGGGCUACUGCAAUGGGGAAGCUAUCCCAAUCUACGCAGAGAUUGAGAACUGCUCCUCACGACUCAUUGUGCCUAAAGCUGCAAUAUACCAGACUGUAACCUGCCUGGCCAAUGGGAGAACCAAGACCUGCAGGCAGAGGGUAGCAAAUGUGAGGGGCAAUCACAUUGGCUCAGGUAGCAUGGACACCUGGAACGGGAAGAAACUUAAAAUCCCUCCAGUCACUGCCUCCAUCCUCAACUGCUCCAUCAUCUCAGUGGAAUACUCUUUGGCAGUGUAUGCUCACAUUCCUGGUGCUAAGAAGUUGAAGCUGGAGCUUCCUUUGGUUAUUGGAACCAUUCCCUACAAUGGGUUUGGUAGCAGAACAGCGAGUGUGAGCAGCCAGUUUAGUAUGGACAUGAGCUGGCUCAGCCUGGCACUACCUGAGCAGCCAGAAGCUCCACCGAAUUAUGCAGAUGUGGUAUCAGAAGAGGAGUUUGAACGACACACCCCGUCCUGCUCCCAGCCAGAGGACCUGGAGAGCGAGCUUGGGAGGCCUGUCUUUGCCUACAUUCAAGAGUUCAGGUUUCAGCCUCCGCCCCUGUAUUCAGAGAUUGAUCCGCAUCCCACCCUAACAGAAGAGGAACAACCUUGAGUUGCAUUUGUAAUCGGAACAGUUUGCAGCAAGAUCCUUUUGUUGUUUUAUCUUCCUCAGUGUGGUCAGUAUACCUGCCAUAAUAAUAAAUGAUCUGCAGAACAUUUCUGAAAUAAUAAGUACUUAAAAAAAAAAAAAAAAAAAAAAAAAACUUUGCUCGUGGAUUGAAGCGCUGGAGCAAAUAAAAGAAGCGCAGCAACUGAAGUUAGCUGGAAUGAGUUUGUGAAGUUGCAAUGGGUUUAAGAAGACGUUUACAUGAAGACAGAAGGGCUUUGAAGGUUGUGAUUGUAAAUGAUACUUGCCCUAAUCAGGGAUGAAGACAAGGGUUAAAGAAAAGCACAGCGAAUGCCCCUGUGCAGCUGAAACAAUGCACUACAGCACAAGACUGAAGCGACUGAAAUGUGAGGCUCCCUCGCUGAUGCAGUAAUGUGAUUGUAAAUAUCAUCAAAGCUGAACAGAUGUCUCUUGCACCAGAGUUUGGGACAAAACAGAGUUUAUUGAAUAUGUUGGAUAUGAACCCUUUUUCUGACAUCAUCCAAAUGUGAUAUUUGACAAAGAGAAUAGUGUUUGUAUUCUAUAACGAAAGCACUUAUUAGCUAAAGCAGCUUUGAAAGUAAAUGUGGCAUGACACCGGUAACCUGGUAGACCACUUAAGAGAAGUGUGUUUCUUUAUUUGCACUUUAACAUUCCUAUUAUUAUUAUUAUUAUAUAAUAAUAAUAAUAAUAAUAAUA